AUUAAAAAAAGAAAAGAAAAGGGAAGGACGUUAUGAGAAGUGAAGGCAGUGGUAUUUUUGAAAUAUAGCAAUGAAAGAAGGAUGUUAUGAGAAAUUAUGAGAAAUGUGAUGUUCUUGUUUUUCACUUUGGUUGUUGAUUGGAUUCGUUGCGGUGCCGAUCGAUCGAUUCAAUCAUUCAAUUCAAUUCAAUCAAAUCCAAUCGGAUUCAGUUGUUCUAAUAAAAUCUGAAUUGUGUUAAAUUCAUUCAUUCAUUCAUUCUGAUGGCAUCGCCAGCGCCUAAUGUGGAUCUCUUCGAUGCUUAUUUCCGACGUGCCGAUUUGGAUCGAGACGGCCGUAUCAGCGGUGCCGAAGCCGUCUCCUUCUUCCAAGGCUCCGGUUUGCCCAAAAACGUUCUCGCACAGAUUUGGGCAUUUGCAAACCAAGGUCAGAGUGGUUACCUUGGUCGUGCCGAGUUCUACAAUGCACUUAAACUUGUCACAGUUGCACAGAGCAAGCGGGAACUCACUCCUGAAAUGGUCAAAGCUGCAUUGUAUGGUCCAGCCGCAUCUAAGAUUCCUGCUCCUCAAAUCAAUUUCAGUGCCACUGUUACACCCUCGUCCGCACCUACCCCUACACCUACACCACAGGUAAAUCCUGGACUGAGGGGGCCACUUCCUAAUCAAAACCUUCCUGCUCCUCAGGUUACUCAGCAAGCAAGGCCGCUGCAAAAUUUGUCUGCCGGUGUUCCCACUCAAGGAGUCGCUACUGUUGGUGGAGCACGCCCUGCAAGUCCCACAUUCCCUAGCUAUGGCAAUAUGGGUGGUGCUCCGCAACAACCGCAGGUAACAUCCUCUCAGCUACCAGUUAGAGGAACUAGUCCUGCUUCAAAUCUGGAGGGGUUUGGUCUUGCAAUUACAACAUCUGGAUCAAAUGUUACACCCCCAACACCUACACAAUCACAGUAUCCUUCCUCUGCUACUAAGUCAUCAGAUCAAGUGGUCAAGGAUUCUUCUGUCAACGGUAUUGCUUCUGAUCCAUUUUUCGGAGGGGAUUUGUUCUCAGCUAGCUCAUCUCAGCCAAAGAAAGAUUCUUCUCCACAAGGAUUUUCUUCUGUCAAUUCGCUGCUUUCAUCUGCCAUUGUUCCUGUAUCCGGAGGGAACCAGAAUUCUAUUAAGACUAGUUCCCCUGAUUCUUUGCAGAGCUCACUUGCAACCCAGUCUGGCAGUCCACAUCUUCAGCAGGCCCAGCCAGUGGUGAAACAUAACCAGCAGGCCCCAGUUCAGACGCCUAAUAUGCUCAGUUCACCUGGACUUCCAGUGAGAUUGCAGGAUUCUGCGUCAGGUCAGCCCCAACCUCCAUGGCCAAGAAUGACUCAGACCGAUGUUCAGAAAUACACGAGAGUAUUCAUGGAAGUAGACACAGAUAGAGAUGGGAAAAUCACUGGGGAUCAGGCGAGGAACUUGUUUCUUAGUUGGAGAUUACCAAGAGAGGUUUUAAAGCAGGUCUGGGACUUAUCCGAUCAAGAUAAUGAUAGUAGUCUUUCUCUCAGAGAGUUUUGUAUUGCACUGUACCUAAUGGAGAGACACAGGGAGGGACGUCCUCUUCCAGGUGUACUUCCAAAUAGCAUUCUUCUUGAUUUACCAACUACCGGUCAACCUGCCAAUCUCCACAGUGCUGUUACUUGGGGAAAUCAACCAGGUGUUCAACAACAACAAGGGGUGACUGGAUCCGGUGCUCGACAAGUGAACCCUUCUGCAGGUCGGCCACCAAGGCCGGCUGCUGUCCCUCCGCCCGAUGAAGGACCUCAGAACAAGCAGCAGAAAUCCAAAAUUCCAGUCUUGGAGAAGCAUCUCAUAAAUCAACUGAGUUCAGAUGAGCAAAAUUCAAUUAACUCGAAGUUUCAAGAAGCAACAGAAGCUGAUAAGAAGGUAGAAGAACUUGAGAAAGAAAUAGUGGAGUCGAGAGAGAAAAUAGAAUUCUUCCGUGCAAAAAUGCAGGAACUUGUUCUCUACAAGAGCAGAUGUGACAAUCGUCUUAACGAGAUCAUAGAAAGGAUAUCUGCUGAUAAGCAUGAGGUAGAGAAUCUAACAAAGAAAUAUGAAGCUAAAUAUAAGCAAGUUGGAGAUGUAUCAUCCAAGUUGACGACCGAGGAAGCCACAUUCCGUGACAUACAGGAGAAAAAAAUUGAAUUAUAUCAAGGGAUUGUCAAGUUGGAACAGGAUGUAAAUACCGAUGACACGGUACAGGGCCGUGCUGAUCGCAUCCAAUCUGCCCUUGAUGAACUGGUGAAAUCUCUAAAUGAACGGUGCAAGCAGUAUGGAUUACGUGCAAAGCCCACAACAUUAGUGGAGCUACCCUUUGGCUGGCAACCUGGUAUCCAAGAAGGAGCUGCUGACUGGGAUGAGGAUUGGGAUAAGCUUGAAGAUAAAGAAUUUGCUCUUGUCAAAGAAUACACUCUUGAUGUGAAAAACACCAUAGCACCUCCAAAACAAAAGUUACCAAAGGCUGUGAACACAAAAGCUUUGGAUAGUGACAGUCCAAAAUUUGUAGCGUCACCUAAGAGUGAUGAUAAGGCUGGGAACACGAAAGCUCUGGAUAUUGACAGUCCAAAAUUUGUAGCGUCACCUAAGAGUGAUGAUAAGUCAGAAAAACCUCAGACUACAAAUGAACAGGAAGUGGGCAACGGAUCUGUUUCUAAUAAAAGUGACAAUGGAUCUGCAAAAAGUGCUCCUAAUAGUCCAUUUGCAAGCAGUACUAUCGGAAGUCCGCAUAGGGACUUUGUUGAUUCUGACAUUCGAAAGACUUCCGGUGAAGAUAACUCACCCCGUAAUCAAUAUGCCGCACAAGAAACCCAAAGUGAUCAUGAUGGUGAGAAGUCUGUGUUUUCUGAAGACAGAGUUUUUGAUGAACCUAAUUGGGGAACCUUCGACACAAACGAUGAUAUGGAUUCAGUUUGGGGAUUCAAUGCCAGUAGCAUCAGUAAGGAGGAGAGAGAUCUUGAUGGGGCAGGAGACAACUAUUUCUUUAGUUCUGGAGACCUUGGCCUCAACCCCAUUAAAACAGCUUCACCACAGGCUGGUGAUCCCUUCCAGAAGACCAGUGGAUUCAGUUUUGAUGAUUCUGUUCCGAGCACCCCACUUUUCAACUCAAGCAGCUCCCCGCAAAGGCCUAAAGACUGGUUGGAAAAUGCUUUUGACUUUUCAAGAUAUGAUUCGUUUAGCACAAAUGAUAGUGUAUCUUUACCUGCUCGGGAAGCACCGGUACGAUUUGAUUCUGUCCGCAGCAGUGCGGAUUUUGAUCACGGUUUUCCUGCUUUUGAUGACUCGGAUCCCUUUGGUUCUGGGCCUUUUAGGACUUCUUCAGAAAGUCAGACUCCUAGAGAGAGUCAAACUCCUAGAAGAGGAUCUGAUAAUUGGAGUGCAUUUUAGUUUUGCAAUUCUAUCACACAUACAUGCGUUAUAUCUGUCUCCGAGCUUUUCUGAGAUUUGCCUCUGGUGGAGUGAGUUGUGCAUCUUUCUGUUUGGCACUUGUUAUUUGUAAUGUACACAUUGUAUUUAAUCCUGUGUAUUCCUUAUCCCUCUGUUUUUCUUUGGGGUGGGGCCUGGUUGUUUUAUACCCAGCAAUCCCACUUGAUUUCUCAAAUUGGAAGUGAAGGUCUGUUCAUAUUUUUGGCUUGUUCGUUGAUAGUUUUUCCAUAAGAGUCCCCCAGUUAAAAGUAUCUCCACCUGAUGAGAUUGUUGUAUUGAUGACUAUUUGAUUUUUGUUUUGUUUAAACUUUAACGAUCUGGAAUUUUAUUAUAAUUCUUUGUAGUGAA